UUUACAUAAACAAAUAAUGGCAUUUCUUCUUGGCCAUGUAAAUUAUUAUAUAAACUUUCUGAUUACCUAGAUGGGUAAUUUUUCCAAGAAUCUAAUUAUUUUUCCUUUCUGUCAUGAUCGAAAAGGCAUGGAACUCCAUGCCUCUUUUGACCAUAAAGAUUUUCAGAGCCCAUAUUAAUAUAUAUAUGUCGCCAGGGCUUUCCACAAGACAAACACGAUACAUUAGUAAUUGACUCUCUCAUACACUGCAUAAUGGCCGCCCUCCAAAUUCCCAACUCAGAAAGUCAAAUUCCAGCUGAGCUUCUUAUAUCUCGCAUUAUGCAAAUCCAUGCCAACUUAUCGAAACUCGAGUCUUUGAAGCCUUCAAAGCAAGUCAAUAGCCUCUUCACUCAUCUUGUGAAAUUUUGUACCCUCCCAUCAUCCAUAGACAUUAAAGCCUUACCCCAAGAAGUUCAAACAAUGCGUGAAAGUCUUAUAGUUCUCUGUGGCCGGGCUGAAGGCUUAUUGGAACUAGAGUUCGCGACAUUUUUAACCAAACUCCCCCAACCUCUAAACAAUCUCAACCUCUUUCCUUAUUAUGAAAAUUACGUGAAGCUAGCCACUAUAGAAUACACAAUCCUCUCUGAGAAUGGAGUACAGCAACCGAAGAAGGUUGCCUUUGUGGGUUCGGGUCCAAUGCCUCUAACAUCUCUUAUCAUGGCUUCACAUCACAUGAAAUCCACACACUUUGAUAACUUUGAUAUUGAUGAGGCGGCCAAUCAUGUGGCUCGUAAAAUUGUUUCUUCUGAUAGCCAGUUUGAAAAGAGGAUGAAAUUUCAAACUUGUGACAUAAUGGAAGUGAAGGAGAAGUUAGGAGAAUAUGAUUGCAUAUUCUUGGCAGCUCUUGUUGGGAUGAGUAAAGAAGAGAAAGUGAAGAUUCUGGGGCAUAUUAGGAAGUAUAUGCAGGCUGGAGGAGUUUUGCUUGUGAGAAGUGCAAAUGGGGCAAGAGCAUUUUUGUACCCGGUUGUUGAGGAGAAUGAAUUGUUGGAUUUUGAAGUUCUCUCCAUCUUCCAUCCAACAAAUGAUGUGAUCAACUCAGUUGUUCUCGUUCGCAAGCCAAGCUUCUAAACAAGAGAAGCAUUUAAGUUUGUGU